GCAGGAUCAUGGCUGUUCUCAAGGGUGUAGCUCAGUCACUGCAGUGGAAAGUAGGGGUUGGCUUCUGCACUAUACAAUGCGCUGAAAGAUGGUGCACCAGGAGAAAUGUGUUUACCAGGCCCAGAGGAACGAGAGAGAGUCCAUUAGACAGAAACUGGCCUUUGGCAGUUUCUAUGACGACGGACCGGUUAUCUUCACUGGUUGCAGCAAGAGCAGCAAGAGCUGCCUGUCCUCACGGCUUCAGAAUGUGGUGAACCUGCAGAUGUGCUUUGUGAAUGACGGUAGCAAUGACAGGGACAGUGGUGCAGAGGACAGCAGAACAGAGACCAGCCUGGACACCCCAUUGUCUCCUAUGAGCAAGCAGAGCUCUUCUCUGUCUGACCGGGACACAGGUGAGGAAGAUUUAGACACAGAGGAUUCAGAAUACUGGAGGCUACAGCGCCGGCUGCAGAAGGAGGCCCGUGUGGCUCUGGCUUUGGCACGUCCAAUGGCCCGAAUGCAAGUGGAAGUGGAGAGACAGAUUCAGCUACACUGCAGGUCACCUGUGGCAGACCUGUUGCCUCAUCUGCCACACAUCAGUGAGAGUCUAAUGAAGAGAAAUCUGAGGCCAGUGGACAUGAGAGACAUGAGUCUUGGUCAGUUGCAAGUCAUCACCAAUGAUCUGCACUCUCAAAUACAAGGUCUGAAUGAGGAGCUGGUGCAGCUGUUGCUCAUGCGAGAUGAACUGCACAUGGAGCAGGAUGCCAUGCUGGUAGAUGUGGAGGAUCUUACAAGGCAUGCACAUAGCCAGCAGAGGCACAUGAUGGAGAAAUCUCUGGCCAAAGGCAAAGGAGCUUGCCACACUCGCUGUGAUUCUCCAUACUGAGGCAAACAGAACAGGGGCCAACCACUUGUGUUUCACUAUAUGAUGAAGCAGUGUACUCACUAUAGAUCCUUCAGUGCAACUAGAUGUGUUUUUAUGUUGAAAGCUUUGUGUGGAUGUAUGUUAAUUAUACAUGCUAUAAGUGUUCAUGCAUGCCCGCAUCUUAGCUGAGGGUUACACACUCACUUUGCAGAACAGUUCAUCAUACAUAAUAUAUAAAUUAGGAAGUAACAUAAAGAAUCAUGUGACAUGGAUUUAUCAAUGGGAUUUCAUAUUGACAGGUUGGAUCUUUUCCUGUGAUUUCGGUACUUUCUGGUCACUCAUGGACCAUUCUAGUUGCACUCAGAAAACAACAUUUACACUAUCUGUCAAAUAGUAAACUGCUUCUCUGUGCAGAUUAUUGCUGGAUUUGCUUAUUAACCUGCAAUUUCCCUCCCUGUGGAGAAAUGAAGUUUACUCUGAUGCAGUGUUUGCACUGGCUUAUUUUCUGUGUAUGGAGCUACCUAAAAAUAUGGAAAAAUAACCAAAACUGUUGAAAGGUUUGAAUGGAAUCGAAGUAUUAGUAAGGUGAUGUGAGCAUUGUAGUUUUUCUAUAUUUGUUUGGAAGAAGCUGCCUGGUGUGGAGGUAACUGAUUCCUAUGUUCACAGUGAACUAUAAUGUCAGUCUUUUAAGAAUGUAUAUUUUACUUUUACAUUUAAAAAUUACAUUUCCUGUUUCACAGAAAUGUAAAAGGAAAUUAUGAACUAACAAAUGACUUAACAUGGGCCAGUAUGACUUUUUAAUGUUGUCAUCAUCUGUUGUUGGGUAGUUGGCACAUAACAUGCCCAUGUUUUGUUUUUUUUGUUUUGUUUUUUUUAAUCAACAUUAAGAUUUUAGUUUUAAAAAAUUUAAUUAAUGGAAAUUGUAUAUAGAAGUUUUCCACCAUAUUUGUAUUUAUUUAUUUAUGACAUUUACUAGUUCAUUUUACAGUGAAGGGUCCUGAGGGGCGACAAAUGCACUUUUGAAAAUACUAAUAUUCCAUGUAAUCUCUCAUUUAAUAUAAGUCCAGAUCUGUGUGCAUAGUAAUUAUUAAAGUAAAAUAAUUAUUUUUAAAAAUAGUUUUAAAUGAAGUUUGGCUUGUCUCACUGCAGGACAUGUCAACUUCCCAGAAGUAUUUCAUGACAACUACCUAAUUACACCUUAAAUACUCAUUAAGUGCAGUCACAAGGGAUAACAAGAGAAUCAAAAACUAGCAAUUUUAUCACUCAGCACCAAACAGGUGUCACUGUGGUUUGUAUUAGGUCAGCCUGAAAAGUGAAAGAAAAAAGCAAUAAAUA